UGUGUUUGUAUCAGUGAGUUGAGGAGGAAGAGCUGUACCUACACUAAACAACGACCUGAAGAUGUACGAAAUCUCAUUCGCAGUAGUGGUAUCACUUUUCCCUUCCUUCACAGCUACUUAGUAGAUAAAUAUAAUAUGUGCUGACUUAACAUAUAAGUCGCUCAGGGUGCUAAAUGUCACGUAGUUGCCAAAUUGCGAAUGCAAACUUCAGCACUUCCUUCAGGCUUCCCCCCCACUCUUACACACCGAAUGGUUUUGCCCAUGGACUCGCUCCAGCACUCCUAGCACACAAGAGCACUACAAUAUACAGAUUUUUGUUGUCUGUCAGCCAACGUCUGUUUGUUGUUUAGUGGCGGUAACACGAAGCAGGCACUGCUAAAGUCUUGUAAACAUUCCAGUGACUGGAGGGCUUCUGCAAAGACUUCUCCAAACGGUGGCUGUGUCGUCCGGAUGAGAGCAGCAGAAGCUACACUGCCAGCGCUCGGAAUAAAUAAGGCAUUCCUACCCACUCCCCUCCCCCCCCCAUCCACCCCCUCCCCACCUUUCUCCUGCUGGGGAUGUAAAUAAGCUGGGGUUGUGCAGACCCUUGAGAAGUCCUCCCACUCCCGCUCUUCCCAACCACUGCUACCCCCUCUGACUUCCCUGCCCACUCACACUCUGCUGCUGCCGCCGCCGCCACUGCUGUUCAUGCAGCUGAAAGGUGCCAGGGAGAUGCUCAGAUGAUCCAUUGGGUCGUUGUGAACCACUUCGUCCACACAGCCCUAGACAGGGAAGACUAACUAGUGUGAGUGUGAGAGAGUCCUUGGGGGUGCUGCGAGCACCCUGUGAGGCCCGCCCACCUGCCAAGCCUGGCAGAAAGCUUGGCUUGUCCCUUUACUCCUCCAACCCCUGAGAUGCCCUCCCCUCCCAAUGAUGGAGAGGAUCAAGGAGCGUCCCCCGUGAACAGGCCAUCUGUGGGCUCCUACCAGAGCAGCGGGAAGAGGAAGGUGCACACCAAAAAGAAAAAAGGCACCAUUACCGCCAACGUCGCUGGCACAAAAUAUGAAAUUGUUCGUAUAGUCAUCAAUGAAAUGGACUUCAUCAAGACCCGUGAUGAUGAUGAGACUGCCAACCUCAUCUGGAACGACUCAGCUGUGCAGCAUGAGAAAAUCGCUGAGCUCAGGAAUUAUCAGAGAAUUAACCAUUUCCCUGGGAUGGGUGAAAUCUGCCGAAAAGACUGCCUAGCAAGAAACAUGGCCAAAAUGAUCAAGUGCCAGCCUCAAGAGUACAGCUUCAUACCCAAAACCUGGAUCUUCCCUGCUGAGUACACUCAGUUCCAGAACUACGUCAAAGAGCUACGCAGGAAACGCAAGCAGAAGACCUUCAUAGUCAAACCUGCCAACGGAGCCAUGGGUCACGGGAUCUCACUUAUCCGUAACUGUGAGAAGCUGCCAGCGCAGGAGCACUUUAUCGUUCAGGAGUACCUAGACAAGCCCUUCCUGAUGGAGGGCUACAAGUUUGACCUGCGGAUCUACAUCCUCGUCACUUCCUGCGACCCUCUCCGCAUUUUCCUUUACAAUGACGGCCUCGUUCGUAUGGGCACAGAGAAGUACCAUGCACCCAGCGAAGCCAACCUGAGCCAGCUCUACAUGCAUCUGACCAACUACUCGGUCAACAAACACAACGAGAACUUUGAGCGAGAUGAGACGGUGGACAAAGGCAGCAAGAGGUCCAUCAGCUGGUUCACCGAGUUCCUCCGCACCAAUGACUAUGAUGUGGCCAAAUUCUGGGGCGACGUCUCUGAGCUGGUGGUGAAGACAUUAAUAGUAGCUGAGCCCCACGUGCUGCACGCCUACCGCAUGUGUCGCCCUGGCCAGCCACCGGGGAGUGACAGCGUCUGCUUCGAGGUCCUGGGCUUUGACAUUAUUCUGGACCGCAAACUCAAACCCUGGCUAUUGGAGAUCAAUCGAGCUCCGAGCUUUGGGACAGAUCAGAAGAUUGAUUACGAUGUGAAGAAAGGUGUGCUGCUCAAUGCCCUCAAACUCCUCAACAUCAGGGCGAGUGAUAAGAAACGCAACCUAGCCCAGCAGAAGGCAGAGGCUCAGAGACGGCUGUACGGACACGGAUCCAUGAAGAAACUCUCGGCCGCUUCCUCGGACUGGGAGAAACAACGUCACACGCUGGAGCGACGAAGAGAAGAGCUGAAAGAGCGGCUGGCACAGGUUCGCAAGCAGAUUUCAAGGGAGGAGCAUGAAAAGCAACAUCUGGGGAACUACAGACGUAUUUACCCCCCAGACGACAAGCUGCUGUUGGAAAAGUAUGAAAGCCUGCUCUCGGCCGCCUUUCAGACCUUCCUCGCCGGGCGAGCUGCCUCACUUCAAAAGGAAAUGAAUAAUCCUCUGAAACGAAUGAAGGAAGAGGACAUCCUGGAUCUGCUGGAACAGUGCGAGUUGGACGACGAGAAGCUGAUGGGCAAAUCCUCCAGGCAAAGAGGCCCUAAGCCCCUGACCGGCAUGCCAGAAUGCAGUCAGACUCCAAGACGUCAGCGACCAGACUACCUGGCCGACUUCACCAGCGGCAGCAGCGCCGAUAACUCCUGCUCCUCUUCAGACGAGGAAGAGGAGGAGGAGAGGAGGAAGGCGGGAGGAAGAAGAAGUGGAGAGAAGCGAGGGGAAAAGAAAGUUUCCUACGACCUUGGCGAGAGCAAGGAGAAGAACUUGGCUGAGCGCUCAGGCCGCAUGCACUGGAAACCUCCAAUCAAGUCGCUCAAAACGAGCACUGCCCCGUCCGCGUCACCGUCGCUUUCUGGGCCAAUCCGGCGCUCCAUCUCGUGCCCUCGUUCCAUCGCCUCCCUGUCGUCGCCAAAUGAAGUGCGGGCGUUGUCCACCAGGCCUUCCCCUACGGUUCCCGUGGCCACACCCCUCGUCAGGCCGAGCUCCGCCACGCUCCGCUCGCAUUCGCUGAGCCGCAGCGGCUCCGCUCACCGGGUGCCUCACAGCAACAGCCUGGGGACCAUCCACUCCAAUAUAGGCGAUCCGUUGAUAAAUCUGAGGAGUAAAGAGCAGGAGGCAGAGCUGGUGCGUCAGACCCUGGCAGUGCUCACCGCCAUGAGGAUUAGGUUUCCGGGCAAAACUGAAGAGGAGGCCGAGGGUGUGCUGGACGAGAUUCUGGAUAACUGGAAAUAUCAUAAACCAAAGGUCGCCUCCUACUGGCUGGUGAAGCUGGACUCAACCAAACAGCGGAAGGUGCUGGACAUUGUACGUACCAAUGUGCGCUCAGUGCUGCAGCGGAUCUGGAAGGAGCCGGACGUGGAGAGCCUUCACCUCUACCGGCUUUUUAAUCGCGUCUUCAACAGGCUGCUGUGGAGCCACGGCCAGGGCAUGUGGAACUGCUUCUCCAACACCGGUUCAUCUUGGGAGACCAUCUUCAGCAAGAGCAGUGAGGUGGUGUCACCCCAGGAGCUGCAGUGCUGUCGCAGGCUGGUCCAGCUGUGCCGAGACUGCCUGUUGGUCGUCUACAAGUUUGUCUCAGAGUCUCGCGGUUCUUUGACCGGACUCAGCCCGGAGUGGGAUGACACCAGGUAUCUGCUGCCAGUGACCUCCCAGUUCAUCAUGAAGUGGCCUUCGUCCAGCUUUGGCAGCAUCUCCUCAGCCGUGCCACGCUCCCGUAACCUUUUUGCCGCCAGGAUGGGCCACUUCUGAGGUCACCGUGGCAACCCUGGCCUUUUGACCUCCCCUCUCCUCCCCAACCUCGCCUCCCUUGACUUUUUUAGCCAAACCCAGAUCUUAGGUGUCCUGUAUAGAUCUGAAUUUGGUGCUGCUCUGGACCCCAGGUUGGGGCCUGGUUUUGGCCCAGUCUCCUUGUGGAAGAUCAACAAAGCAAGGCUGGAUGAUUUGGGAUCGCUAAAGGGAGCUGCUCACUCUGCUCAGCAGACCACCAUUACCCUCAGUCCCCUCCCUCUAGCCCCUCGAAUGCCAGGCGAUGGGCUUGCCCCUCGUUUCUCAUUGUAACUGCUGUAUUAUACUCACUGUACAGUUACAAGUCAUGGUACUGUAAAAGAAAAGAAUAACAAACACUAAAACAAUGCAAGGAUUAUUUAUUUAUGUACUUAUUUAUUUUCUAAGGUUUUUCCAUGACUGCAGUGAAUGCUGAUGCAUAAUGCACAUGGACUAACAAAGCCAUCCAUCAUUUAAAUUAAAAAAAAAGUGGAUGUACAAAACUUAUUUUUGCCGACUAUAAUCAGUUAUUUUGUUUCCAUUUUCUGAAAUGUUGAAAUGUUAUUUAUUUCGUAACUUAUAAGAGAGGCUUUAUGUUAACAACGGUCACUUUAUGUUCUCGCUUUUGGAGGUUUUUUGCAGUCCAGAUGUGGUGCCCGGAGGACCCGAAAACGGGUCGCCUUUUGAAUGCUAACGCUUCAUGUUUUCCCUGUGUGAUAUUAUUAAGUGCAGCACUAUUGAGCAACACAACGGUUAGAAUGUCAGUGUAGUAAAGCCGAGCCUGUUUGCCUCUUUAGAGAAUGAGACGACUUUAAUGCCACAGCAUCAAGAGCCAAACCUCUCAGAGAGCGCACACCAGUUCCUAAUAUGCACUUUGCAGUUUGUAACAGAGAGAGAAGAGUGGCUGCACAUUAGUAGUGCUUGCAUGCCUAGAUUUUAGUCCCUUUAGACUCUGAUGUAGUGGUUAGACAAAGGAGCUGCGUUUGGAAUAUACUUGAAGUUCUGCGUUGACAUUAAUUAUUCUCAUCUUCUUUGUGUUUGGCUGCACUGAAAAGAAGACACUUCACUUUUAUAUUUGUCGUCUCGAGUUUGGAUGCGUUAGGGAUGACGAGGAUCUGUUGCACGAUUUAGAGAUUGUUCGACACGCUGAAUUACUUGGCUGAUCUGUUCAAAUGUAUUGUACUGUAACAGCAGAGAUUUGGCUGGGAUGAGCAGCUACAGCCCCCCCCCCAACACCCACCACCGCACUGUAGUUGAGUGCUCGGGAUUUCACAGAUGUGCCAAUAAUACGCACGUCUGCAUCAUGUGUUGGUUGACUUUUAUUUAAGGUUAAUGUGUCAUGAACUACUGUAAGCCUUCGGUUAAAUGAUUAAAUGUUAAUAGGGAGAAACAUUGUGUCCAUGUUUCGUAGUUUACUAUGUGUACUAGCCCAUGAGUUGAUAACUAGAAUUUCAAAGAUGGUAGUCUGUACGCUACGGUGCGUUUUGUAACAGUUUUGACUAACAAGUGUAGCAGCAAUGCUGCGCUAAAUCUGCUCAAACUGAACUCUCCCCUCGUCCCCAGCAUCCGUUCACAAUGCCAAACAUUUUUAUUUUGCCUGAUUGAUUUGUCUUAUUUAAGAGCCGGACUUUUUCAUUGGAGGUAUGAGAUUUUUAAUUUUACAUAGCAAUAAAAUAUUUAAA